AUGGCCGCCCGCUUCUCCGUACAGUCCCCCGCCAUGCCAGCUCCUACACAGGCCUCGGGCAGGGGCGUGAGGUCCUCGUUCCCGGCUGCAAAGAUGGACCUUGCCCCACCUCCGUCCAUGACACGCCGCCGCUCACAGCUCCAGCUCGGCCAUGGCAGCUCAAAUAAACCGAUAUUACCAGCUGAAAUCUUCGCCACAAUCCUCGAAUACCUGCCCGUGGCCGACCUGCUGCGCUUCGCCCGCGUCUCCCGCCGCAUGCAGGAGAUGGUCUACGACGACACGCGCUGGGUCUACCGGCUGCGCCUCAUGGGCGUGUGGAACGAGACCGAGGCGCGCAAGCGCUUCGAGGAGGCCAUGAAGCGCCGCCGCGCCACAAUGGCCGCCGCGAAGGCCCAGGAGACCGCCGCCGCGGCCGCCCUCGACGGGAACAGGUCGUCGACCAUCUUUGACGCCACGGAGGAGGAGACGAGGGCCCGGCGGCCCGUGAGCGAUGGGCUGGACAUGAUGGCGCCGUUGAGGGCGGAGCCGCCGCCGCCGCAGAGGGCGAGUCUGAGGGAUCCGGCGAGCUUGUUGUUGGUGCUGCCGAGUGUGAAGAGUGUGAGGGGCUUUGCGAGGCAGGAGUAUGGAAGGGUGUAUGGUGCGCUGGCGCCGCUGUAUUUUGAUCUGGCGAAGGCCAAGACGCAUACGGACCCGGUGGUGUUUAGGAUCUUUAGGGACCCGGAGCAGCAGGCGAGGAUGUUGGCGCAGAUGAAGGUGUUUGCGCUGAGUGAUACGGCGUAUGGGUUUGGGGAGCGCAGGGAGAGGUUGAACCUUAUGGCGGGCAUCUUUGAGAAUGCGGCGUUGAGGGAGUUUGAAGGAGGCUAUGAGUCGGGCGAUAUAGACGGCCGGAUGAAGCGGUAUGCUAAUGUACUAAUAUUGCUUAAUGGAGGCCAGGCGUGUGUGCAGCUAUUUGUGCAGAAGCACCCCGUCAUGUUUGAGCGUGAGAAGCUCGGGAAUCCCAUGGACUCGUUUGACAAGCCGACGGCGGGGCAGUUCUCACUUGCGCCCUCGGCGACCUUCUUUGACCGGCUAUCCAAGGUGAUCAACGAGCAGGCCUCCGUCAUAGACCGUGUGUUCCCCCCGCACGUCAACGCGAUGAUGCCCUUCCUCGAGAGGGUUUCGGAGGACGUGAUCGCAGAGUACAUCACGCCGAUACUCGAGGAGGCGCACGAGCGGGACACCGAAAUGUACCUCAAGGCGGUCGCGGGCAUCUACACGCAGUGCGUCAACUUUGCGCGCACGCUCACGCCCACGGGGGGCUACAGCGACGACCUGUGGAAGCAGGACGUGCGCACCGUGAUCGGCCGCGUGUGGGAGAGCCAUGUCGACCUGUACCUCAGCGACGAGCUCGAGUGGUUCCGCAAGCGCGGCGAGACGGAGGUCGAGAGGUGGGAGAAGAAGAUCCUCGACGCCGACGCCGCCACAGAGUCGUUCUUCAUGUCGAAUAUCAACAGAGAGGCCGACAAGCGCGACUUUCUGUCGACGUUCAAGAAGGUCAUCCUCAUGCCCGUGUCGGUGAUCCCGUCGCCGUUUGCCCGGAAUAGUGUGGUGCUGCCGGCGAAGGCGGAGGUGGCGGCGGCAGCGGCGGCGGCGGACCCGAGCCCGUAUGCGGGGACAACGACGAUAGAGGCGGCUAGUGCCGGCACGGUCGGCCCCCCGCCGACGACGGAGCUGGCGGCGAAGGCGGCAAUCAUGAAUUCUAGACUCGAGGGCAUCCGCUCGCUCUUCAGCCUCGAGGUCGCACUAUCGCUCGUCCACAACGCCAAGGAGAGCCUCGAGCGCGCCGCCCUCUUUGCCCGCAGCGGCGGCCAGACCGGCGAAGAAGCCAAAGAACAAUGCGAAGCCAUCUUCAUCGCGCUGCUGCAGGUGCUUGGCCCCCGCCACGUCAAGGCCGGCUUCGACAAGGCCGUCGAGCACCUCAAAGCCUACGACCCGCGCACCGUCACCCAACACAACCGCGUCGCGCCGCUCGUGACCUUCCUGGAGCUCGUCAACGUCGGCGACCUAAUCCAGCAGAUGAUCGACGUAUUCUACGAGCAGGAGCUAGUCGCGGGCAAGCUGACGGACCGCAACGACUUCCUCAACCCGGCCGCCAAAGAAAAAAAACGCUUUGAACAGAUGCUGGACGAGCGCGUGGCCGCCGGACUCAACAUGGGCAUCGACGUACUCAUGGACGAGGUGGACCACAUCUUCGCGACGACGCAGCAGCCGGCCGACUUCAACCCGGGCGUGCUGAACGGCGUGGGCGGCGGGGAGGCGCCGGCGAUGGUGGACUUUGACAUUGGGCCGAGUAAGACGGCGGUGCAGGUGGUUGAGGUGGUCAGCGGGCAUACGAAGCUGCUGGUGGGCAGCACGGAUAAGAAUGUGCUCGAUGUGUUCAACCAGGAGGUCGGCGUGAGGCUGUUUGCGUCGCUGUGUAAACAUAUCAAGCGGCAGCGUAUCAGUGUCGAUGGGGCUAUCAAGCUCAUCAGCGACAUGAACCACUACCACGCCUACAUCACGACGCUCAAGAUCAAGGCGCUCGAAGCAUACUUCAACGCGCUGCGCGAGCUGUCGCAGAUAUACCUCAUCGACCCGGGGCACGCGCGGCAGAUGGCGACGGUGAUUGCGGACCCGAGCCGCUUCGGCGGCAUCUUUAGGGUCGAGGAGGUGUAUGAGUAUGCCACGAGGAGAGAGGACUGGUAUCGCGUCAAGAAGGAGGUGGAGAGGGCGAUGUAUGGGAUUGGGUGUGUGGUUUGCUAG